UGAGACUUCUUUAUGUUUGAGCCUCUGAAUUCUGACUAACGUGUUACCUGUGAAGACAGCAGACAGAUUCUUUUCACAGAGCAGUUCCAGGAGAUCCAGCAGUCAUGUCCUCCAGGCCCAACGGGAGUCCCCCCCCCUACGAGUCCGAUGGAUAUACCGUUCCUCCUCAGCCGGCGUAUUCCUACUACCCAGAUGACGAGUUCCAGCACUUCUACCGCUGGUCGUCUCCACCGGGCAUCCUGAAGAUCAUGGGCAUCAUGGUCAUCGUGAUGUGCGUGGCCAUAUUUGCUUGCGUGGCCUCCACACUGGCGUGGGACAGCCAGGGAGCUAUGGGUAGCUUUGGCGGCAUCGGUGGAGGAUACGGGGGAGGUUACGGAGGAGGCUACGGCGCCGGCUACGGCAGCUUUGGUGGCGGCGGGUACGGACCUGGAAACAACUACGGCUACGGUGGAAUCGGAGGGAACUACAAUGACCCCCGGAAGGGCAAAGGGUUCAUGAUUGCCAUGGCAGCCAUCACCUUCAUCACGGCCCUGGCCAUCUUCAUCAUCAUCGUGUCUCACCAGAGCCUAUCAGAGAGCAGGAGGUUCUACCUGGCAGUGGUGAUCAUCUGCGCCAUCCUAGCGCUGCUAAUGCUAAUAGCCACUAUAGUCUACUUGGUGGCAGUGAACCCCAUGGCUCAGUCCUCUGGAUCGGUCUACGGCAGCCAGAUUGCUGGUCUGUGUGCUCAGUACCAACAACCGCAGACUGCCGGAGUCUUCGUCAAUCAGUACCUUUACCACUACUGUGUGGUGGAGCCACAGGAGGCCGUCGCCGUGGUGUUCGGCUUCCUUGUCACCAUCGCGCUCAUCAUCAUGCUCGUCUUCGCUCUGAAGACUCGCCAGAAAAUCGGAAACUACGGCAAGAGCAACAUUUUGUGGAAGAAGGUGAAGGUGGUGGACGACAUGGAGCCGCCACGAGACGUGGAGGCAUGGGUGAAUGAUGUGUCCGCCGCCCCUGAAGUCCUCCCGAUGUCAGACUACCCCGAGAAGCUGAGAGGCUCCAGGAGUCACCUGGACGACGAAAGCACAAACUAUGACAAGCCCCCCUACAGCUUCACCCCACCGCCUGCAGUGGAAGAAGACCUGCCUUUGCGAAACGGCGCCCCCUACAGCACCAACUCAGAGGUAGCCAGCUCGGCCGGAAGGCCCAAAAAGAGGCGUCCAGGCCGGCCGCGUCGCGCUGAUGGACAAGACUACGACACCGACUAUAACUCCUCAGGAGACGAGCUGGACGACAACGACUUCGACAGUGAAUUUCCUCCCAUAGCAAAUGAGCAGGAGCGCAACGACUACAAGCACGAGUUUGACCGCGAGCACCAGGAGUACAAAGAGCUGCAGGCGGAGCUGGACGCCCUCAAUAAGAACCUGUCGCAGGUGGACAGAGAGCUGGACGACCUGCAGGAGGGAAGCCCGCAGUACCUGGAUGCUUUGGAUGAAUACAACAGGCUAAAGGACAUGAAAAAGACUCCAGACUAUCAGAUGAAGAAGCGCAGGUGUAAAUACCUGAAGUCCAAACUGAACCACAUCAAGAAGAUGGUCAGCGACUACGACCGCAGGGCCUGAACAGUUUCGCCGGGACUCGACGUCUGUCCAGCAGGUGACAGAAGGGUCUAAACCUGAUUGGCCGCCGCUGGGGGGAAACGUUUGAGGCUCCUCUGACACGACGGACCGUAGAGGACGAAGCUACUGAUGAAUGUCCAGCCACCUGUCUGAGCUGAUGAGAAACAAAGAUUCUGUUUUGUAUUCAACCACUGUUUGUAUUACGUUGCCACGGAUACUGUCAGAUGUAUUUAUUUUGUGGUCGGAAAUAGUUUAGUAGAGGAGUUAAGCCACUUGGUUGUGGAGUGAAUACAAAUUGAUGCAUAACCCCUGUUCGUUUUUAAUAGCUCUUUGUACAAUGACGCUCAUAUUUUACUGUCUUUUAAUCCUCAUUUUUAUUAUAAACAUGUAAAUAUAUGGGAAUCAUUUAUGUUUUUAAUGUUUUUAACCGUUUAUUGAAGUAAGUUCAAGUGUGUGUUCUGGUGUUUCUUUAUCGAUGGUAGAACAUUUUUAAAAUCUGCUUUUACAAAGUGAAUCCAUUACGUUGUGACACCUUUUUAUGAUAAUAAACUCAUUUA